UUACACUUGCGCGCGCUGGCGCCGUCGCGGAGCCACGCCUUCCGCCGUCGUAGCCGGCCCGCCCUCAUGCCGCGCCGGACAAUCAACGACCUAAGCUUGCUUGAUCCUCGCUAUCGGCAGCAUCAGUUACACGAUUCUUUUACUCCAACAGCUGACUUACACGCUAUACUGAUGGAGUUCCCUGUCUCUGCAUGAUGCGUGUCCGUGGCAGUCUUAGUUUCUGCAGCUAUAUUCUCUACAUGGUAUUGAUAGGCAAUCAGGGACAGCCAACACUGGAGCCACCAACUGGUCAUUUCUGUCCCAGUGUCAACAUCACUUACACUUGUCAUGACAGUCAAGUAAAAGAAAUGAGAUGGUUUGCUGAACCUUACUUUUCAGGUAACCAAGGAAUCAAAUAUGUACCAGGAUUCACCAGUAAUGAAACCAUAAAGAAAGAAGACAGUUUCUACUCACAAGCUACCAGUUUAAGUGUUGAUAUGGGGACAACGGAGUUUGUCAGUGUGACAACUAUUCUGAUUGUGAUCACUAGUGGCAUAGAGAAUGGAACAAACAUCACAUGUCUGACCUACAGAGGUGGAGACCAAAUGGUAUCCUCUUCCGUG